AUGAGCGCAACGUCCCCUAUUGCGUACCAAGAUCGACACCCCCUGACGGUUAACAGUGUGAGUCCACUAGUCUCCACACAUACGUCUGGGUUCGGCUCUGAUACCAAUUGUAACGCCCAUGCCGCCCCUCCCGGUGAGUCACCAUGCCCUCUCUCGGCCCGUGGGCCCCACCCCUGUCCGACGGUCGGUGCGUUAUUUUUGGGAGGCUCCGAGAAUGUAUUUACUAUCCCUGCAAUCAUCACCCGACCUUUUCCCGUGUUUUUUCCUAACUCACACGGUUUCGCAGAGGACUUCCCGAAAGGUCACCCAUCCUUCCACUACUCCAGCCCAAGCACGCUUAACUCUGGAGUUCUUUAUGGGCCCUUGACCGAAAAGGUAAGUGCACUUUGA